AUGUCCGAAUCGGAGCUCCGUGAAGAGCAUUCUGUGUUUGGAGAGGAGGACAACAAUCCGUUCCCCCACACAUCGGGCAUUGCUAGUUUAAUGCUGAGCAGACGGCCGGAAAACGAGGAAAACGGCGCAAAUGGCGAGACUACCGGUGAUAUGGCACUGAGGAAUUCUACUGGAACUAACUCCGAGGUGCUGGGACCAUCGAACGGCUCUGAUUCCUCACUUAAUGCCUCACCGAAUGGAGACUCGCAUCCAAGAGCUCUGGACGAAGUGGACGAGUCGCUAUUGCUCUAUAGGGGAGAUCGAGAGCCCUAUAACACCGUUUAUCUCAAUUACGAGAACCGUGUCUCGAAAUUGCUUAGUCCAGAGACAAAUGCAUCCAUUCAUAUCAGUGAGGCAGGGAAGUCCAAUGAAGGAAUGACCAACUCGCUGAAGAAGUACAUUGUUUACACCAUCAAACUUAUCAACGGUGAUAACGCUAAGGAGGAGCUCCAGACACGAAGGCGCUAUUCAGACUUUGAGAGUCUUCGUGAUGUCCUUACCAAGGUAUUUCCCCUUUUGAUCAUUCCACCUAUUCCUCCCAAGAAUUAUUUCACACUCAAUGUUCUCAAUGGACUUGUGGGCUCCAAUACUUCAAGCUCGGUUUCUACUAAUGGAAACGGCUCAUCGGCGCCGGAAAGCUCAAACGGCCUGUCUGGUGCAACAUAUUCUUACAUCAACUCCAACCACUUGAACAAGAAUAGGUUGAUCGAGCACCGCAAGAGACUUCUCUCAAAUUUUCUUAAUAACUGCUUGCACAUUCCUCAGAUUCGAAAUUUGGAAUUUUUUGCUAAGUUUCUCGACCCAUCUGCCAAUUGGUCCGACGAGAUCAUGCUCAUCAACAGCCAGCUUCCUAAAUCGGUAUACCAGCUGAAUCCCGAGAAUGGGCUCCGUACAGAUCCGCUCUAUACGGAUUUCCCACUUCCUGUUUCGGCCAAUCCCCUAGGUAUUCCGUUUUUCAAGAAUGCUAAGAAAAUAACGAAGACCACAAACAAGUUGCUAGGCACAGGUGCCAGCACAGAGCCAACAACUACAGAAGAAGAUGCUACAAAUGAAAAUGGUAACGGUAACGGUGAGGUUCAGAAUCAGGUGGUGCGGACUUCUCACCUCGAUUAUAUCAAUAAAAAGAUCAUGGACAACUUCAUUGGUCUAUCCAGUGACUACGUGGAGCUAGGUACCAUUCUAAAUACGUUUUCAUUGUUGUGGGCAGACUGGCAGAAGGUUAAAAUCGGCAAGAACAUUGACCCAGAGAUUGUGAAGCCAGAUGUUAUUUUUGACAAGAUAGGUGUGGCAUAUGAUCGGUCAUACAUAACGAUCAAUGCAUUGAUUGGUGAACUCGAAACAAAGUUCUCUGAACCUUUGGGUGAGGCUGUCCAAUAUUCUGCCAUUUUGCAGUCUGUCAAGAAGUUUCAAGAAAGAAAACUCAAACAGAAGGACUUGUUAGACACAGAAGUGAAUGAGAAGAAGAAAGAACUAGCCGAGUUGAGAAAAGCUGAACUUGAAGCAACAAAGAUGGAGAACGCAUUGAAUAACGGAGUUUUGAGAGCAGGCGAGGGAGAAAACGCUUCGAACACGUCGAAGACUCCAGCCAAAAAGAGACUUUUUCCUAACAUGAGCUCUUUUAAGAAGAUCACCAAGUACGUAUCGGAUAUCAUGGACCAGAACCCUGAAAUUACAAGGAAACACAGAGUUACCCAGUUGCAGACCAAAAUCAGUACUCUAGAACAGUGUCAGAACAUUAUGCUAGAGGACAUUUCCUACAUUACCGAUGAGCUUGAUAAGAACUUUAAAUCAUUCCACCAGCAGGAAUUCAAGUCUAUUUAUCAAAUUCUAUUGAGUUACAAUGGAAUCAUGAUUUCAUGGGCAAAGAAAAAUAUCGAGAUCUGGGAAGAAAUUAAGGAAGAAAUCGAAACAUUCGGCUCAUAA